UCUUUUCCUCCGAUGGAACAUGAUGAUCAAAAGGAGUUGCAGCUUCUUCCUGGUCCUCCCUCCUCACAGUGGAUAGCUCCUCGGCCGUCCGAUCCUUCUCCUCUACGAUACCGAUCGGCAGUUGAAGCCCUAGAAGCUCCAAAUAACUCUCUCGACCUCCAACUGUCCAUAAGUGUGAGACCUCUGAGGUCACUAGGAGGAGCAACCAACAACAAUGUUUCCGAGUACGAACAAACGACGACGGGGUUGAAGCCGAAGGCGAGUUGUGUGGAGGCGCUGAAGUGGCAGGCGGCGGAGCAAAUCCGAAUGGCGGCAAUGGAGAAGGCGUACGCGGAGAGAGUGAGGGAGCUGACGAGGAGGGAGAUGGAGCUGGCACAGUCGGAGUUCACACGUGCGAGGCACAUGUGGGAGAGGGCGAGGGAGGAAGUGGAGAAGGCGGAGAGGAUGAAGGAGAAGGCAAUGCGCCAGAUGGACGCGACGUGCAUGGAGAUAACUUGCCAGUCUUGCAGGCAAAGGUUUAGGCCUUGAUUUAUAUCGAAGCAUGUUUAGUUUCUGUGUUGAGAGUUCUGGGAUCGGAGUUGGUGUUAUUAUUAUGAUUGUUAACAUGUAUACCAGUAAGAUUUUGAAAACUUAUUGGAUUGCUUUGCAAGUUCUUUUAACAAAGGUCAAAGGAGGAGAAAGGCGAAUAAUAACAGUACCGAUCGAAAGAUAUGAUCGAUGUGAGAGUGGCAUAUCUUUCUUCUUUCUUUCUUGUUGUGAUCUGUAUGAUGAAUAAUUGAGCUGCCUAUUUAUCGGUUUCGAUUUUAGUCCAAGA